GACCUGCCAGCGGUUCAAAAGUCAAACUUUGUGGAGGCUUCUGCCAUGAAAACCUCUCGCCUUAAUUCUUUCAAGGCGCAGCUGAGGUCCAAGGGUCUUAUUCGUAUCAACAAUUACAAAGCUGUCUACGCCGGUGUGGUUUCGCAGUAUCCUAUGAUGGGCAACUUAGGCGAUCUCGGGGAGGCUAUAUUCAGCUCUCUAUAUGCGGAAAUCAUCGAGCUCAUUGGAAGUCGCAUUAACGACCAAAGUGUAGGUUUCUCUUGA